CGCGCCGGCGGGGCCGCGCGGGGAGAAAGACACUGAAAGGCGUCGGCGGCCGGGCGGGGAGCUGCGCGCGCGGGCCGCGGCGGAGCCGGAGGCUGCAGGAAGAGCCCGCGGGGGCCCGGAGGGUGCAAUUCCUCGGCCCCCGCAAAACAAUGUGUGUUGUGCGCCAGGACGCAACUUGCCGGAGGUGGCGGGGGCGCGCCGAGCCCGCCUGAGACCGCGCUGACCUUCUCCCCCCGCCGUCCGUUGGGCCCGAGCGCCCAGCUCCUCGCUCCCCAGCUCGCGGGGGCCGGGCCGAGCCGUGGGGCGGGGCCGCCCCUCCGUCGCCGCUGCCUCCUCCCCCACUCCCAGCCGCGGAGGAUGCGGACGGCCCCCGGCGGCGUCUAGCGGCCCCGGGCCCAGGCGCGAUGGUGCAGCAGCGGGGCGCGAGGGCCAAGCGGGACGGCGGGCCGCCGCCCCCCGGACCCGGGCCGGCCGAGGAGGGGGCGCGCGAGCCCGGCUGGUGCAAGACCCCGAGCGGCCACAUCAAGAGGCCGAUGAACGCGUUCAUGGUGUGGUCGCAGCAUGAACGGCGGAAGAUCAUGGACCAGUGGCCCGACAUGCAUAACGCGGAGAUCUCCAAGCGCCUGGGCCGCCGCUGGCAGCUGCUGCAGGACUCGGAGAAGAUCCCGUUCGUGCGGGAGGCGGAGCGGCUGCGCCUCAAGCACAUGGCGGAUUACCCGGACUACAAGUACCGGCCGCGCAAAAAGAGCAAGGGGGCGCCCGCCAAGGCGCGGCCCCGCCCCCCCGGUGGUGGCGGCGGCGGCGGCGGCAGCCGGCUGAAGCCCGGGCCGCAGCUGCCUGGCCGUGGGGGCCGCCGAGCAGCGGGAGGGCCUUUGGGGAGCGGGGCGGCGGCGCCCGAGGACGACGAUGAAGACGACGAGGAGGAGCUGCUGGAAGUGCGCCUGGUCGAGACCCCGGGGCGGGAGCUGUGGAGAAUGGUCCCGGCGGGACGGGCCGCCCGGGGACAAGCGGAGCGCGCCCAGGGGCCGUCGGGCGAGGGAGCGGCCGCCGCCGCCGCCUCCCCGACACCGUCGGAGGACGAGGAGCUGGAGGAAGAGGAGGAGGAGGCGACAGCGGCUGAGGAGGGCGAAGAGGAGACGGUGGCGUCGGGGGAGGAGUCGCUGGGCUUUCUGUCUAGGCUGCCCCCUGGCCCGGCCGGCCUGGACUGCAGCGCCCUGGAUCGCGACCCGGACCUGCAGCCUCCCUCGGGCACGUCGCACUUCGAGUUCCCGGACUACUGCACCCCCGAGGUUACCGAGAUGAUCGCGGGGGACUGGCGCCCGUCUAGCAUCGCCGACCUGGUUUUCACCUACUGAGCCCACCGUCAGCGGGGCGCGCACGCCCCCAAACCAGCUGUUUACAUACAGGAAUCAGGUAUUGGGGCCCCUCGGAGGCCGAGGCUGGCACCCCAUCUCCCGCGUAGCCUCCCCCCUCCUGGACGUGCCCAUCCCCCCUCAGAUCCAGACAUGCCCCUCCUCCGCAGACACACCCCAAGGCAGCCCAACCCCCACCCCUUCCCUGACACCCAAGCCCCUCCCCACGUUGCCCCCUCCUGCACAGCCACCAGCAGCCAGCCCCCUCCGAUACACCUCCCGUCCCCUCCUACAGACCUGCACCCCUCCCCCCUUUUGCACACGCCCCUCCUCGUGGCCGGAGGACCCGCCCCCUCUCUUGCUCUGGAAUCCCUCCUCCCUCGCCCAGCCUGCCUUCUCCGGGUUAGGGGGGCGAUGCGGCUGGGUGGCAACGCGCGCUCCUCCUGUGCCCCUCCCUUCCCUGGGGGGAGGGGCGCACUCCUUUUAUCCCCGGAGCGCUAGGGCCCGCCUCUCCGCUGGGGCCCACCCCCUUCAUGCGCAUGCUUAAUGCUUCUUGGGAGGAGGGGGCUGGUCCCCGUGGAGCCGGACUCUUCGCCCGCUCCGGGCAAAAGCGGGGCGAGUGUAGAGCGAUCCUGGGAAAUCCUUUGAUCCGGGAGUCCUAGGUUUCCUCUCCACCCAACGGGGCGUCGCUGCCUUAAUGGGAGGAGCACUCGGAAGGGUUGGUUUGGGCCUGAAACUCUCCCAAGUGGCAUAGCCCCUUUUCCGGUAUGGGGUCCCCUACACCCACGCGCACGACCUCUCGGAUCGCGUGGCUGCCUCUACUGCCUAUCUGUACGUCCUUUUUUUCCCCAACUGGGAAUUGGGAGGUAGUGUCUUUCUCUGGAAAUCCAGCAGUAGAGGAAAGGACCACCCAAGAAAACUCAAAACCAAGACACCUUAACAGUCUGUUUGGGGACAGGAUCCCUGCUGCUCCUCCCCCACCCCCUCCUGGGAAGUGCCCCCUCACCUCAGGGCACCCGAAACCUGGGCUCCUCCCUAAGCCCACCGGCCCUUCCUGCCACCCAGGUCCACCCUCAGUACCCACAGCUGCAGUAUUCAGCGGGAAAAACUGAGGCACUUUGGUGCUAGGGGUUUGGGACUGAGGCGUGGAUAGCUGAGGUGAUGGCAGGAAGAGUCCCGCUUUUAAACAUCUGGCUUGAGAGAGACCAUCGAUUUGGCCAGUGAGACUGAGAAUGGAUUCCGAGUAGAGGUGGGCCGUUUGCACCUCGGUUUUUCCACCUGAGAAAUGGGGAGAACGCUGUUGUUAGGAGGAAGUUGUGUCCAGUUCAGGGUGCCCUCGGGAGCCCUGUCCCUGAUGCUGUGACCCCUCUCACGCCGCCAUCUCUCUGUCCAGCCCCGCCCCUCCGGCCUCCCCACACCCCCCUUGCCCUCACUACCUGUAUCUCACCGGCAUGUGUUCACCCUCCCGGGUGACUCACACACUCUCAUUCACACACACAAAUCUCAGGAACAAACGGUCCCAGAGUCCUCCGGGACCCCUGCCCAGGGUCUCUGCAGGUCUCUGCCCCACGCGUUCCCGUCGCUGACAAAGCCACCAGCUGCCUCCUUUAAGCUUGGUGCUCCGGCUCUGGGCCUUUCUUGCGCUCUUUCUUUCUCUCUCUCUUUCUUUUUUUUUUUUUUUUUUUUUUUUUUAAGAAAAACAACAACAACAAAAAAAGACAAUGAAAAAAAAAACCCGUCAUGUGAGUGAAGAGAUGUCACUGUCUGUGGUCUUGGAGAACUAGUCUCGUAGCUGAGGGGUGGGGUCCCUCCGUCUGGGGCACUGGCACCCACAGCAGGACUCCGCCAGUCUGAUGCCAGGACUGAAUAAAGUGUAUUUGCCCCGAC